AUGAGUGAACACAAGUGGUGGAAAGAAGCUGUUGUUUAUCAAAUUUGGCCGGCAUCAUACAAGGAUUCCAAUGGUGAUGGUGUUGGUGAUAUUCCAGGAAUUAUUUCGACGUUAGACUAUAUUGCGAGUUUGGGAGUGACAACCGUAUGGUUGAGUCCUAUGUAUGACUCGCCCCAAGAUGACAUGGGGUACGAUGUUUCUGAUUACGAAAAUGUCUACAGCAAAUACGGGACCUUGCAGGAUAUGGACAGAUUAAUUGCUGGUUGUCAUGACAGAGGGUUGAAGUUGAUACUUGACUUGGUUAUCAACCACACUUCGGUUGAGCACAAGUGGUUUAAAGAGUCGAGACUGUCGAAGGACAACCCGAAAAGAGACUGGUACAUUUGGAAACCACCUAGAAUCGAUAGCAAUGGUAACAAACACCCGCCAAAUAAUUGGGGGUCAUAUUUUUCUGGGUCGGCAUGGAAGUAUGAUGAGUUGACUGGUGAGUACUACUUGCACUUGUUUGCUGAAUCACAACCUGAUUUGAAUUGGGAAAACAAGGAGUGCAGAGAAGCUAUUUAUAACUCGGCCAUCAAGUUCUGGUUGGACAAGGGUGUUGAUGGGUUUAGAAUUGACACUGCAGGAAUGUACUCCAAGUACCAGCAUUUCAAAGAUGUGCCUGUUGCUUUUCCUGAUACUGAAUUCCAGCCUUGUGAAAUCUACCACAAGAAUGGUCCAAGAAUUCAUGAGUUCCACAAGGAGAUGGCCAAGGUAAUGGAGCCAUACGAUACGAUGACUGUUGGAGAGGUUGGCCAUUCGACUAGAGAGCAGGCGUUAAAGUAUGUUAGUGCUGCUGAAAAAGAAAUGAAUAUGAUGUUUUUAUUUGACGUUGUUGAGUUGGGCUCGGACCCACGUGACAGAUUCCGUUACAAUGGGUUUGACUUGGUUGAUUUAAAGAAGGCUAUCAAAUCACAAGGUGAGUUUGCUGAGGGAACCGAUGCUUGGUCUACUGUAUUUAUUGAAAACCAUGAUCAGGCAAGAGCCAUUAGCAGAUUUGGUAAUGACUCGCCAGAGUUUAGGGUGUUGUCAGGUAAGGCUAUUGCCAUGUUGCAGUGUUGUCUCACUGGGACUUUGUUUAUUUAUCAGGGUCAGGAGAUUGGUAUGACCAAUGUGCCAAGAUCAUGGCCAAUUGAGGAGUACAAGGAUAUCAACACCAUCAAUUAUUACCGUGCCUUUAAGGAAAAGUAUGGCAAAGAUGCUGAUUAUAAACAGAAGGAAGAAAAGUUGGUUGAUGUUAUUAACCGUUUGGCUAGAGAUAAUGCUAGAACGCCGGUUCAGUGGAGCCACCAACAAUAUGCUGGGUUUUCAGAGGUUGAGCCGUGGAUGAGAGUGAAUGACAACUAUAAGGAGAUUAAUGUUGAGGACCAGGACGGUGACGACCAUUCAUUGCUUAACUUUUAUAGAAAGUUGUUGAAGUUGAGGGGAGAGUACAAGGAUCUUUUUGUUUAUGGGGAGAUGAAGUUUUUAGAUUUUGAUGACAAGAAGCUUUUCACGUUUGCCAAGGAAGCGCCUGGCUCUCCUGUUGCAUACAUUGUGAUCAACUUUAGUGGUGAGGAUGUCAAGUUUGAGCCGUUGAUUAAGGGUAAUUACAAGUUGGUACUUACAAAUGUCGACAAAGACAGUAAAGACGCUUUGUCUCCAUACGAGGCUAGAAUGUAUGUAGUUGAUUAA